AGAAUCUGAGGCUAGCUCGGAGCUAAAAGAAGCUGAAGACAUGGCCACCGCAACAAAGCUGGUGUCGUUAGCUCUUUUCUGGGUCCUGAUUCUGUUCGGAACCCUAGCUAUCAUCCAGAAUAGAUUAAGCGAUGCCGGUGUCUUAUCUGAGGAAAGUGUUAUUAGAAGUCAGCCCCAGGAGAAAAACAAGUUGGAGGAGGAUCUGGAGGAAGUGACCAACAAAGUGUUCUUCGAUAUUAAAAUUGGUGGAAAAGAUAUGGGUCGCAUAGUCAUAGGCCUAUUUGGUAAUACAGUUCCU